CGCUAUAUCUCAUCCCAGACCGCCGACAGCACCGCAUAAGCGCACACUUACAUAUUUACCCCAUCGUAUUGUCACUUAUCUACGAGACUACCCCGCCACCAUCCUGUCGCCCGAGCAAAAUAGGAAGCCCCCCAUCUUUGUUUUUUUUAUUUCUGUCCCGUUUUCUUCUCUUUUCACUCCUUUAACAACUCGAUCGACGAAUUUUAUUAAAUCGAUCGGCGAACUCCUGAUAUCGUCACCGCCGUUAGAAGAGUCAUCGACGAGUUAUGCAGGAUCAGACCGUUAUUAGCUUGAGACCGGGCGGCGGCGGCGGCGGCAGACAUAUUGGCCCUCGAAUUGACUCGCCGGCGUUCAGUGCUCUUAGUAGCUCGUCGCAGUCCGAUCAGCCGGCGUUCCGGACCUCGGCGGGUCUUAAGAGUGGAGACUCAAGGUUUGAUGGACGGGAGCGCGUCUGUUAUACAAGGGAUCAACUUUUACAACUCAGAGAGGUUGUUGAAGUACCAGAAGAUAUUCUGAAGAUCAAGCAAGAGAUUGAUGUUGAGCUAUUUGGUGAAGAGCAAACUUGGGGUCGUACCGAUUCUAAUGCCGUUACUCCAACACAAGGACGUUAUUCUGAGCCUGAUAAUCGUGAUUGGCGUGAUCGUCCUAGACAAACGGGUGGAGAGGAGAGAUCUUGGGUUCAAGAUCGCGAUAAUAAAGGAUCGAAUGAAUCCGAUCAGUUUUCAUCAAGAGGACAAAUUCCUUCCUCCCAGGGUGGACCUGCUCCUGCUUUAAUUAAAGCUGAAGUGCCAUGGUCUGUUCGAAGAGGCAGUCUUUCUGAAAAAGACCAGGUUUUAAAAACUGUUAAAGGAAUAUUGAACAAGCUGACACCUGAGAAAUUUGAUCUUCUCAAGGGCCAACUUAUUGAUGCAGGAAUAACAACUCCUGAUAUCCUAAAGGAUGUCAUUACAAUCAUAUUUGACAAAGCAGUCUUGGAGCCCACCUUUUGUCCUAUGUAUGCUCAAUUGUGCUCUGAUCUGAAUGAUAAACUGCCUCCAUUUCCCUCUGAAGAGCCAGGCGGUAAAGAGAUCACUUUUAAGCGUAUACUUCUAAAUAAUUGUCAAGAAGCCUUUGAAGGUGCUGACAGUCUAAGGGCUGAGAUUGGAAAACUAACGGACCCAGAUCAGGAAACAGAGCGCCAGGAUAAAGAAAGAUUGGUGAAGCUCCGUACCCUCGGUAACAUUCGCCUCAUUGGUGAGCUUCUAAAGCAAAAGAUGGUGCCAGAAAAAAUAGUUCAUCAUAUUGUUCAGGAAUUACUUGGACAUGAUGGAAAAACUUGCCCAGCUGAGGAAAAUGUUGAGGCUAUCUGUCAGUUCUUUAACACAAUCGGUAAACAGUUGGAUGAAAGCCCCAAAUCUCGUAGAUUUAAUGAUGCCUACUUCAACCGUCUGAAGGAGCUUACAAAGAACCCUGAACUAGCACCACGUUUGAAGUUUAUGGUUCGUAAUGUCCUAGAUCUCCGUACCAACAACUGGAUCCCCCGACGUGAAGAGAUGAGAGCCAAGACCAUCUCUGAAAUCCACAGUGAAGCAGAGAAGAACCUUGGACUUCGACCUGGAACAAUGAGAAAUGGUGGUCGUGGUGCUGGAGCAAUAGGAGGUCCUCUAAGCCCUGGCGGUUUCCCUCUUAAUAGACCAGGGGCAGGAGGUAUGAUGCCCGGAAUGCCCGGAACAAGAAAAAUGCCUGGAAUGCCCGGGCUCGACGAUGACAACUGGGAAGUCCCUCGCUCUAAAUCAAACCCCAAAGGUCAAGCUUUUCGUAACUCUCCUUCUAUGGUUGGAGAGGCUUCACUUAUUAACUCUAAGCUACUACCCCAAGGCAGCGGUGGCCUUAUCUCCGGAAAAACUAGUGCAUUAUUGCAGGGUAGCGCAGCCCAAAGUUUUGGUACACCGAAACCUCUUGCACCGAUGUCUCCAGUUGUCACUGAGAGACCUGCUGCAGCACCAAAAGCGGCAGUGCCGAAGGCAAACCCUGUUGAUUUACAAAGGAAAACAAUUUCACUUCUUGAAGAGUAUUUCCAUGUGCGCAUCCUAGAUGAGGCAGUACAAUGCAUAGAGGAGCUAAAGAGCCCCGAAUACCACCCAGAGGUUGUCAAAGAAGCCAUCAAUCUUGCCCUCGACAAGGGUUCAGCCUGUGUGGAUUUGGUCGUCAAACUUUUGAAAUUCUUGUUUUCUAAGAAGGUUUUCACACAAAAGGACUUGGGAACUGGAUGCUUGCUUUACGGGUCGAUGUUGGAUGAUAUUGGCAUUGAUUUACCGAAGGCACCGGCGUAUUUUGGCGAAGUUGUUGGUAAGCUCAUUGUGGAUGGUGGCCUUAGUUUCAAAGUAGUAGAGGAGAUAUUGAAGAAGGUGGAGGACUCGAGGUUUCAGGCUGCAAUGUUUGAUGCGGUGAUGAGGAGUGUUGGAGCUAGUUCAUCCGCUCAGGCAAUUUUGGGAGCGCAAGCGGCUGAUAUCAAGGCUUGUGAAAGCCUUAUAUCAUGAACCAUUGUUAUAUCAUGAACCAUUGUUAUACGUUAGCUGUUCUCUUGCUUUGUUUUUUCUUCUUCUGUAAACUUAUUGGUAAAAUACUUGGUAAAUUUUGCCUUUCCUCUUUUUUUUUUUGCUGAAACUGUCUGUAGCGGAUCUGUGAGAGUAUAGGCUAUAGUUCUAUGAGCUGUAUAUUUCUGCGAGGUCGUGUGGAUUAUAUUUUAUUAUUGAUCUGAGACCAUGAUGAGAAGAAGAAGAAAAAAUGCCUGGAUUUUGGCCUCAAGCCACGGCAAGUUAUUCUUGAA